AUGUCUGCGGAUGUCACAUUGCAGAAGAAGAGGCAUGCUCCCUCUCUUUCUUUCUUUCAUCUUGUUAUUCUUAUGAAACUCGGUGAAACUCCCACUGGAGAAUAUGGGAUGUCAUCUUGUCUAGGCACAUCGCUUCAAUCCCAAAACGCCGAAGAAGAUCAGCCACUUACAGUGAUAACCCUCGCCCAGCGUCCUGCGCUUCGUACUUGGCGUCUAACUCCUGGUGGAUUGGUGGAAAUAACUGACGCAAACAGAGCCCAAAUGGGAGCAUUUCUUGACAAACCAAAAACGGCGAAGACGAACUGCUCUGGCCAAGGCAAUGGUCUUCGGUAUGCCAUGGCCAGCAUGCAAGGAUGGAGAGUGGACAUGGAAGAUGCCCACGUAGUUGAGGUGUCAAUGGCGGAUCGUGAACCAUACAAGGACUGGUCCUUUUUUGCAGUCUUCGAUGGACAUGCUGGAAAUAUUGCUGCCGAUGAUGCGGCAGAGAACAUAAUGAAAACUUUGAUGGAAACACCACAAUUCGAGAAAGUUACUGAGGAGCUGAAAGCCAAUGGCGGUGUCCUUUGUGACAAAACUAUUGCAUUGCUGGAAGAUGGAAUAAAAGCUGGUUUUCUCAUUCUGGACGAAAAUAUACGAACCAGGCUUGAUUCCGAUCGUAGUGGCUCAACGGCUGUGUGCGCUAUGAUCACUCCAACACAUAUAGUCAUCGCCAAUUUAGGGGAUUCACGCGCUGUGGUAUCGCGUAAAGAUGAAGGCUCUUUUGGUACUGAAGACCAUAAGCCUUACCAUGACAAAGAAAGGGAAAGAAUAGUUGGAGCUGGUGGUUCUGUUAUGAUCCAGAGAAUAAAUGGCAGCUUGGCCGUCAGCAGAGCCCUGGGCGACUUCGAGUAUAAGAACGUACCGGGGCUGGAACCUUGUAAGCAGCUCGUAUCACCGGAGCCGGAUGUCUACGUUCUGGAGAGGCAGAAGGAAAAGGAUGAGUUCCUCGUGGUAGCCUGCGAUGGUGUGUAUGAUGUGAUGGAAAAUGAAGAGCUGUGUCGGUUUGUUGAAAGCCGGCUUCACGUUUGUGAUGAUUUGAUCCAAGUUUGCAACGAUGUCCUGGAUGCUUGCCUAAGCAAAGGAUCUCGGGAUAAUAUGACCAUGAUUGUGGUUUGUUUCGACGCUGCCCCUUCAAUCGACAAAGAAAAAGUCGCCUCAGAAGCGAUUUGGAAAGCUCAGAUGCUCAGUGCUAUCAAUGAUGUAAUAACCGAAGAAACCUCCAAAUCAAGCUGGAAUGCAAACGAUGAGAUCAGCAUUGAAUAUGUUCUGAGAGAACUGGCUCAGCGAGUUCCCACAAAUAGUGCAGGACCGGUACAUAUGCUGCGUUCUUUGGCCGAUCAAGCUCUGGCGGAGAAAGGGAUUAAACAUGAAUAGCUUGACCUGGAACAAUAGCUUAAUUGAUGUGACUCUACAAUAUAUACCGUGUCUUCUUCUCCGUAGACAAUCG